AUGGCGCCAGGAUCGACCUCACGCGAUGAGACGCUCAUGAAAAAUUGGUUAGCCUCGGAUGAGGUUCAUGACUACGUGAAACUAUCAAUCAAGAGAGAAGUGGCUACAUUACCCUUUCAGAAGAAUCAGUGCAAACAAAGCUUUGCUAAAUUGUUCUACGAAGAGGGUCCUCCACGGGCUCCCUAUGUGUCUCCAGUCUUGCCAGGAUGUCCCCAAACUAAAUGGGAGACAUUUAAGACUUGCUUCGAAUGGCUUUGUCUAAGGUUCUGGCAGUGGCUUACUGGAGAAAAUCCAGGCAACACCCUCACACUGCUAGUUGCAUUGGUGGCUCGGUUCAUAUCACUAUGGACUAAAAAAGCUGCUAGAGAUCUGCUCAAGAGCGGUAGUGGCUUCCUUUGGCCCUACUUGCUAGGAGAGAUCAUCGUUUGCGCUGCUUUAAUAGUACAGCAACGUAUGGCUGCCGACCCGAGGAACUCAAAUCAUAGAUCCAGCCUUGUCAUAUCAGCAAGUGGUCUUGCAGCUCCACUUCUGGAUACUAUUGCUUCAAUCUACCUCGGAAACCUUGAAAGCUUCGCAAACUCCAACGCGGUUUCUAUCAUAGGGAAGCUUGUCUGCGAUAUUUUGGUUGCAAUUGUAACCUUCAUCCCCAUGGCAGGACAUAAUGAAAUGGCGCUUCAACAGCGUGUUGAGCCGAAAGCCCAAGAAACCACUGGAAUUGUGGGAUCAAGUCCCGGUCGAUUACAAGUAUUGGGCAAUGGAUUCCCUCGGGAACUACCAUGA